CGGUGAAGAGGCCCCGUUGCUACGGCAAGACGCGGAGUGGCAUGUGUUCGCUUUCUCGGCAGGACAUCGCGCGCGUGUGCUACGGCCGGUGAUCGUGCUCGGAGGCGGUGUGCGGUGAUAUCUCUCUUUCUCUCUCCUUCUCUCUCUCGGAAAGGCUCUCUUGGAAGAGAGUCUCACGCUCAGCGACGCGCGUCGGAGUCUGUGCGUGACAGACCCGUUCUGACCCAAUGGAGGAGCCGCGUCCUCUCACCGUCUUGUUGGCUUUGUUGUUGACGUCGCUUGCACGAGUCAGCGCAGGAGGUUUAGACUUCAUUAUCGAGCCGCAGGAUGUGGUGGUGGAACAGGGUGGUCCCGCGAGGCUGGACUGCGUGGCGAAGAGCGCCUUUGGAACACCGAGUAUACAUUGGCGCACGGACGAUGGUCAGCCGAUUACAUUUAUCGGAGACAGUUAUCGAUCACAGCUAGCAAAUGGAUCAUUGUACAUAAAUAGUGUAUACGCCGGUAGUGCGGAGUUAACCGGAAGUUAUCAAUGCUUAGCUUCCAUAGAUAAUAUCGGAGCGAUUGUCUCGCGGACAGCUACAAUUAAACUAGCAAGCCUGCCUGGCUUCGAAAGAGAACCUCAAGAUACUAUGGUUUAUGCAGGACAAAUUGCAUAUUUAAAUUGUGCUCUACCUGCUUCCUCCAGUUUAUUAAAAAUACAAUGGUUAAAGGACGAACAUCCGUUAGUGCUCGAUAAAAAUCGAAUGACAAUCCUGCCGUCAGGCGCGUUGGAAAUUGAAAAUGUUCAGUAUUCCGACGUUGGAUCGUAUAGAUGUAACGCUAGUGGUUACGGCCAAUAUAGACUGAGCAACAAAGCACAAUUAGGAUUAUUAUCUAGUGACAUUGAUGAAGAAUCUAGCGCCCCGGUAUUUAUCGCAAAGCCUUUGCAACAAAUAGCAAUCGAAGGAUCUGACGUGACUCUCGAAUGCGCUGCCAACGGUUAUCCGAAACCGACAAUCCUUUGGCUUAAAGACGGCGCCGCUCUCGAUUUGACACCCUCAUUUGAUUCUAGAUAUCGCAAAGUCGCAGCUUCUAGUCUCAUGAUCACAAAUGUCAGAGAAUUAGAUCAUGGCUCAUAUCAAUGCCGUGCAGAAAAUGAGGGGGAUUCUUUGGAUGCAGUCGCUGAAUUAAUUAUACAAGUUCCGCCGAGGUUUAUAAAAAAGCCAGAGGAUAAAGUGGCGAGUGAAAAUCAAGAUUUAGAAUUCGAAUGUGAGAUCUAUGGGAAACCGGAACCGAAAAUCACCUGGUUGAAGAAUGGUGAGCGCAUUACGUUGAGCGCAUAUUGGCAAAUUAUCAAUGGAUAUAAUUUGAGAAUCAAUGGAUUGCUACCUAUAGAUGCAGGAAUUUUCCAGUGCAUAGGAGUGAAUCCUGCUGGUAGUGUUCAAGCCUCAGCGCGUCUUACAAUUAACCAGCCCAAGAGAAUGAAUUCCCACAGAAUAACGACUCCCAAGACAGUUCCUAAGAAAAAGUUGUUACUACACCGACAGCUGUAUAAUAAGACGUGGCAACAUCCAAGUACUCUCCUAGGACAUACGUUGUCGUCACUCACACCGAAUCCCCCGCUUUCCAUAAGUCCCUCUGACGAUCCCGCGGAUCUUCUCCCGGGCUCGGUUAAGUAUCCCAACUCCCUUUACGAUCCAGACUCCCGUUUUAUAGAUGACACGGAUACUCUGGAGGCGUUUGACGGAGGUGGGAUACCUUCUCCGCCAAGGAACCUGAGCCUAGUCAUCGUUACCCCAAGGUUUAUUACGCUACGUUGGCAAGAGCCGGAAAAUACCAAUAGUGACACUCUCAAUUAUUUUAUACAUUAUAAACAAGAAGGGGCCAUGAGGGAGAGAGUUGUCAACACGCAACAAAAACUAGAAGCUAUGAUACGUGGUUUACAACCUAGUAUGACGUAUCAAUUCCAUGUAGUUGCGCAAACCGCUCGAGGUAUUAGUGCCCCUAGCGAAGUAUUACAAGUUACAACGUCAAUAGAGGCCAAUGUUCCUGGACCUCCGCUGAAUCUAGAAGGUCAAGCAACGAGUAGUAUGAGUAUUACCUUAUCAUGGGAGGAACCACAAGUUAUUAAUGGUCGAAUAUCUAAAUAUAUUAUUACAUUUAUGGAGGGCGAUGGUGAAGAAAUAACGCGUGAAACUACUAGUACAACGUAUGAAUUGGUGGAUCUUGUGCCUUAUACGGAAUACAGCAUUAGAGUUCAAGCGGUCAACGAAAAUGGCCCGGGCGCAUUUAGUAAGGAUAUCGUAAUUCGAACUCAUAGCGCACAACCCACGCAACCACCGCAUAACGUUACGUUAGAAGCAGCUAGUUCAACGAGUAUUAUUGUAAGAUGGGAACCUCCGCUUGAAGGACAGAACGGGAUUAUUACGGGUUAUAAAAUCCGUUAUCGCAGAUAUCCGCACGAUUCCCGAUCCGGAGAUCGACGGCCCCCAAUUACGGUAACAACUGAGGGAAAUCAACGUUUGUACGUGCUCAAUGGACUCGAGAAGCACGUUGUGUAUCAAGUUCGCAUAUGUGCCUUCAACGUCAAUGGAACUGGGCCUUGGACGGAAUGGACAAAGAUAGAGACAUACGAGAACGAUUUGGACGAAACGAAAGUACCCAAUGCACCUAGUAAUCUAAGAGCAAAUGCUAUGGCGGAUUCUAUACUGGUAUCGUGGCAUCCUCCGAAAGACCAAAGCAUAAAAGUGAGGAAAUAUAAAUUAGGUUGGGGUAAAGGUUACCCUGAUGUCGAGAUACAAGUUCUCGAUGGAAAGCAACGAUCUUAUGCAAUCAAACCUAUCGAACCAACAACGGAAUAUGUAAUAUCUUUAAGAGCAACGAAUAAUGUUGGCGAUGGUCAACCAGCAUAUGCAAAUGUAAGAACUCCCGAACGUUUUGUAUCCGAAUCCGCAGUGCCUUUAAUACCACCUGUUGGCCUUAAAGCUAUCGUGCUCUCGGCUACUACCGUUGUGCUAUAUUGGACCGAUACGACUUUAUCGAAAAGUCAAUAUGUCACCGAUAAUCGAUAUUAUGUGGUGCGUUAUACAUCUUAUCAUCACAGUAGCAGUCCAAGAUACAAAUAUUACAAUGCUACAGAUCUCAAUUGUAUGAUCCAUGAUUUAAAACCUAACACGCAGUAUGAGUUUACGGUUAAACUGGUCAAGGGUAAACGAAGCUCGCCUUGGAGUAUGGUCGUUUUAAAUCAAACGCAAGAGGCUGCACCUAGUACAGCACCUCGGGAUUUAAUUAUUCAAACUGUGGAAGAUCGUCCGACUUCUGUUCUAUUGCGAUGGCAACCUCCUAAACAACCCAAUGGACAGAUUACAGGAUAUCUUAUAAUCUAUUCCACCGACAACACGAAAUGGGACCGCGAUUGGCAAGUCGAAGGUGUCAUUGGUGACAAGAUGGAUGCUAUUGUAAAGGCUCUGCAUCCUAACAUGAUGUAUUAUUUCAAGAUUCAAGCUCGAAAUUCCAAGGGAUAUGGACCUUUUUCUACGAUGGUUUCAUUUAAAACGCCACAAAGCAAUGGCAUGGAUGUCUAUGAUGAAUUGCAUGAUCGAGAUGGACGAGGCCUUUCCAACCUGUUGAUUUAUAUUAUAGUAGGUUUUUCGAUUGUUAUUAUCACUGGUAUAUCCGUAGUGGUCGUAGUGUGCUGCAAACGUAAUCCAAACUCACCAGAUCGAAAGAAAGGAUAUAUGAAAGACUCGAAUCAAAAAACGAAUAUCAAGCCGCCAGAUUUAUGGAUUCAUCAUGACCAAAUGGAGCUGAAGGCGCUAGAAAAAUCAUCGUUAAAUGGUGAACCAUCUACCAGCGGCGUCACUAGUAAUACAUUACCUAGAUCGGGCAACCUGGAAUAUAAUCAGGAUAAUGUGCACGGGAAUUCCAGUUCGUUGGAUAAACGUACUUAUGUGCCAAGUUAUAUGGGUAACACUGACGAGAAGUGCUCAACCCUGAGCAGACAGCACAGUCGUGGAAGUCACAAACCUAAACUAAUUACACUCCCUGUUGACAGUGCACCUUUGCAUCAGCCUACGGCUACCCCGAUUGUAAAUACUAGCAUAUCGCAGCCGACCAUUCAUACUUCGUGCAGCGAUACGUCCUCGGUGAGACAAAAUUAUCCACGAACGGUCGCACAAUACAGUUUAAAUCGCGCGCAUGUGACGUUGGAACCGACGCCGGAAUCUAGUCCGGAUUCCUGUAAUAUGCCUAGCUCGUACGAACCGCUACAGAGUCAAUUACCCUAUGGCACAAGCGGGCAGUCAUACAGUGGAAACACUCAAUAUGCCCCUGGUCAUUACGGUAACAGUAAUCAACCGAUGAGCAAUACCGUUGGAAUGGAGAGCAACAAUAGCAAACGUCUGCAGGGCCAUCCGCUCAAGAGCUUCAGUGUACCGGCACCUCCGCCGCAAAGUGCCCCUUCGACACCAGCACAACAGAAGCAUGGUGUAUCGCAAGUGACAGUGCGGCCGACAAUGUCCGGAAGCCCGUACAAGAAACCGCAAAGUUCGUCAUCACAAUUGGCGAAAAAUCGUUUAGCCUCCGUGUCGAAUCCAACGCAUACUACGGAAGAAGUUGAACGUUUAAAGCCAUCUUAUUCUACGGAAGAAUUGAAUCAGGAAAUGGCCAACCUAGAGGGUCUCAUGAAAGAUCUAAAUGCCAUAACAGCAUCAGAAUUCGAAUGCUAAAGCAGGUUCCUAAGCCUUGUGCCAUCCUAACUGAUGGAUAGACUGCAAUGUCACAUUCGCAAUGUUAGUACCUGGGAGGUAGUAAAUUAAUUAACACAUUUGAAUCUAUCGCGUAAUCAGUUUACGUGAUUAUUAUCAGCAUUAUAAACGCGAGACGAGCGUUAUAUAGUUAAUUAGCGCCGAUGAACGGCACAAUUAACGCAUGACCCGAAUGCUCGAUUUAAUACGAUAUAAUUCGGAACGUAGCAUUCAGUCAUUUAUUAAAUCAUUCCAUUCUAAUAAUUAAUGUUUCUCUCCGGUACUAGCGUUGGUUAUCUCGAGUGUGAAACUCAAAGUUGUGUACUUGCCAAUAUAAUUCCGAUAGCAUGUCAGCGUUUUUUCGUAUUUUUGAUAGCGCGAGCAUGCGAAUAUGUAAUGCCGCGAUCGGCCGCGGGAAAAACUCGACGAGCAUUUUAUGUUAUAGAUGUUUAUGAUAAUCGCGUGUGAAUGUGCUAUAAGACGCAUAUACCGAGACCGAAACAUAAGUUGUACAAUUACAUGAUCGAGUCCAAUGUGUUUUCUACAAUGUGUAUGAAAGUCGAUGUACAAUAAUGUAAUAAGAAACGUUACGACAUCUUCAACAUUUACAUGAAAAUCCGGGGUAAUUUAAUCAGAUGACCUUUAAUUGUGCUUUCAUAUACAUUGAUCAGAGAGCAAUCUUGCCUAAAUAAAAAAGGAGUACUCUACGCUUUGCAGUUCUAGCAAAAGGCGUACAUUGCUAUUCCGCAUUCAUGUAAUUUGUAUACUUAUAUAAUUGCAUUCUACGUCGAUACUAAUAAUUGCCAUAUUUACGCUUAAAAAAAGUGGGAUACGCAUGAAUCGCUUGGUCGAGUAAUAUACGAUUUAAGAUUAAAGACGGAAAAUGUGGAAUAAUAUUUAUUCUAUUUUUAUAUUUAUUAAAAUCGAUUUAUGAUGAUUUUUAUUGUAUAUUUUUACAUUUGAAAGCAUUUUUAGCAAAAUCUAUAACACAUUUCUAGUUUAGAUUUAUUUAGAAAAAGAUAAUUUUAUAAUGUGUCUCUGACAACAAUGAAUAAAUUUUUAUUUUUAUCGGGAUAUUUAAUGUGAAAUUGUGCUAACUCUCACUCGAUGCUGAGCAUAAGAUUUAUGCUCGGUUUUAUGCUUUAAGGAUUAUAAAAUUUCUAACUUGUAUAUAUAUUACAUUCAGGCGUAGAUUUUUAAAUCCGAUUUAUGUAUUAGUUUUUAUUCUGUACUCAACAUCCUUGGCAGCUCGCAUUUAAGAAGAAAGAUUUCGUGCGUGUACCUUUUGUUGAAUCAACCACCUAGUAUUACGAUCUCAAUGGAAAAUAUUAUUUUAGAGUUAAAUGCGAAAAUCGAAUAUGGGUAUUAUACCAUAAACUGUUUAGUAUAACAAAAUCAACAAUCGAUUUUCCUUGUAGAUUGGUCGCGAAAGAUGUAUAAGAUUCAUUCGCGGAAUUUAGUGACACGAUAUUUUCGGACCAAUCUAUCGCUAUUUCUAGAGUUGAGCUAUUUUAUUGUAAACGUAAAGUGUAUAAAGAUUACUUUAUCAAAUAUGGUCCAUUUAAAAAUGAAGUAAGUUUUAUUUGCUCCAAGAAUUAUUCUUGCGAGUUAAAGUAUUAUUGAUAAAAAGUUGUAUAAGCAAAUAUUGGGAUACACAUAUACUUUGUACAAAUUUACUUAUCUGUAUGUAUUUUACUUAUUUGGAUACUGCAAUCAGGAACAUAAUUCUCUUAGGAAAAAUUUUUUUUAUAAACAACGCACAAAUGCUCAAUCUUUACUGGCAAAUCGUCGAGAUAUAUUUAUAUAUAUAUUCAUAUAUUUAUAUUACCAAACAUUUUAUAUAAACUACUUACUGCCAAUUCACAUUAAUGCACAUAUCCGUCAAAGUACAUACGUACAUACAUUUCCUUCCAACGCUAAAAACUUUUAAUUCAGCAAAACAUAAAUAAGACAAGGGAGUAUUCAAC